CUCAGAGUAAAUUUAUUAAACUCAAAAUGGCGGCAUGGUCUCAGUGCUGUGUUGUGUCUUGGCAUGUGUAACUAUCAUCAUCUGAGCCAGCAAACGGCUGAAUAACUUGCCGACGACAGACCAGCGCUAGACAUCUGAGGACUUCUUCCAGAAAUUUGUCAUUAUUCUGCUAAAAACUGCAACAGUAACUAUUUUUAGCAACAGUAACCAAGCAAAACCAGCAGUAUGGCCAGUCCUCAGUGGAAGAAUUUCCAGCCGCCAAAUCAAGAUGGUGCCAUUUUAGCAUUCCAGCGUUCUUCCAGCUAUGACGGUGAAUGCAGCGUGGCACAAUCCCCUCCAGCACAGGGCAACGGAAUCCGGGAGAUCGGAGUCAUUGGAAAACUUCUGUUUUCCUAUGGAUUUGUUCAGUGUUGCAACCGCCAAGAAAGAUUGUUUUUCCAUUAUAGUCAGUACCAGGGAGAUAUUAACCAAGCUAAAGUAGGAGAUUUAGUAGAAUUUGAACAAGGUGUGGAUCGACGAACAGGAAAGGCUAUUGCAGUAGCUAUUUAUGCUAUGCCGCAGCAGGCUCCAGUGCAGGAAGAAUAUCCAGUACUCAGUAAUGACAGAGUCAUUGGAACUGUCAUCAUAGUGGCACAACCACCUCCGAAACAUGCCAAGCCAGGCGAGGCGGGCCAAGUUGGACGUAUCCAAUACGAGAGUAGUGGUGAGAGUUUUUUCCUGCCUUACACACAUAAAGAUCUUGUGGGCCCAUUGACUAGACUCCAAGCAGGCGAUAAAGUUUCACUGAUUAUGGUAACUGACAAGAGUGCCACAAUAUCCGACAGCCGAACGGGAGCGCUGCAGGCGCAGGAUGUGCAGAAGUUUGACCAAGAGCUUCAGCGGUUCCAUGGUGUCGUCUGCUCCUGUAAAGAUAGCUUUGGCUUCAUCGAGCGUGCGGACAUUGUCAGCGAGAUAUUCUUCCACUACAGUGAGUAUAAAGGUGACAUAAACGAGCUUAAGCUAGGAGAGGAUGUGGAGUUCUCCGUACAAGACCGCAACGGUAAGGAGGUAGCUGUAAACAUCACCAGACUUCCAGAGGGCAGCGUAGUGUUUGAGACACUGGAUGAAAAGCUCGUCAGAGGACACAUAAAGAAGGUGAUUGGCAAAAACAGGAGGCAGAGUACUGCUGACCCACUGCCAGGGAGGAUCAGCUACAAGGAAAAUAACGAAGAGAAGGAUAUCCAGUAUGGCGAGAAGGACCUUCUCGGAAUCUUCACUCUCCACGAAAACGAUCUGGUCGAGUUCACUGUCGCUACGGAUAAGAGGGACCAGAUGCAACAUGCAACCAACAUCGAUUUUCUACCAGAGUCUUUCAAAAUAUCACAGGAAUCCAGAGAGACUGGGCUUGUUGCUGUGGUAAAGGACGGCUUUGGUUUCAUCAAGUGUGCAGAACGAGAGGCAAGGAUGUUUUUCCACUUCAGCGAAUUCCUGAUUAAUAGUUACAUGCCGAAGGUGCAGGAUGAGGUGGAGUUCACUGUGUCGCAGGAUCACAGCUCUAGCCGGCCCGUGGCAACACGCAUUAAGACUCUGUCGAAGGGAAGCAUAAGCUUCGAGACCGUUCUGCUUGACAAGUACACCGGGUUGGUCGAGAAAGAGGCCAUCUCUCAGCGAAACAGUACCAGAAGUCCGACGAAAAUUACGAAGCAGGAGAAUGGAGUUGGAGAAGUUGGAGAAAUUAAAUAUGACGUCGAUGGCGAGUCCAACAUUGUGAAGUUCCUCAUGAAAGAUGUUGAUAUCAGAAAUGUGCCAAAACGAGGGGACAAGGUGGAGUUCCAGAUCUGUGAGCAAAAGCGCAACAGUGUGCACACGGCUAAAAACAUCCGUGUGAUCUCGAGAGCUGCGCCGCCACGUCUGCGAGGCUUCAUCGCCACCCUCAAAGAAAACUUCGGCUUCAUUGAAGCUCUGGAUCGUGACAAGGAGGUCUUCUUCCACUACAGUUCGUUUGAUGGUGAUCCCAACGAGUUGGAGUUUGGCGAUGAAUUGGAGUACUCCACAACGCGCAAAAACGGGAAGGUGAGCGCAGAGUCUGUGGUGAAGUUACCCUUGGGAUCCAUCCAGAAAGCUGAAGUGGAGGAGAAGGAAUAUGAAGGAAAGGUGAUAAGACCCUUACGUAGCAGCAACCCGGAACAGGACGAAUAUGCGGGCGUCGUUCAAGUCAAUGCUGAAGGAGAAGAGGUCGGACAGACGUACCAGUUCACCGUUAUCAGCUUGCUCAACAAACAGGAGUUCUUGCAGAAGGGUGACCCGGUCACGUUCAAGUUAACUAAGUCGAUGAACAAUGGGCCGCAGUAUGCCGCCGGCUUAGAGGCAAAGCACAAGAUCGUUCAGUCACGUGUAGAGUCAAUCAAGGGUCAGUUUGGAUUCAUAAGCCACGAGGUUGAGGAGGGAAAGAAGUUGUUCUUCCACAUGUCGGAGGUAGGCGGGGGCACAGAGCUGCAGGCUGGUGACAUCGUCGAGUUUGUCGUCAUCCAGAACCAGCGCUCCGGCAAGACGUCGGCGUGUAGCAUCAGAAAGAUCAGCGACGCGCAGGCGCCGCGGCCGGAGCGGCUGCUCAGCCGGCUGAAGAGCAUCUCGUUGGAUGAGACGCAGCCGCGCGUCGUCGUCACGCGGCAGCCGCGAGCGCCCGACGGCACGCAGGGAUUCACGCUCGAUCGCACGCCGCCGCCGCCGCCCCCGCAGCAGGAGGUCGCUGCUUAGACCCCGCCGAUGCUGAGCACUCUGCGCUUCUCUCGGGGAUGACUGCGCUGCCGGAGGCUGACUCGUCGGUCUACUCUCUUGCGUGUCUUGCCCUGAAGAUGAUGAUUAGCCUGUUUGUUUAUGUGGCAGAGGAAAUCAUUUUUUCGAAGUAACAGGAUGUUUUUCUUUCAAAAUUCGCGCACAGGCUCUCGUGUGGAAGUCUAAUUACUUUGCUGCUGAACUGAUUUGAACGUUUCAGAUAUAGUUCGUUCGUAUUUUGCAUCGUAAUUAGUUACGAAAUUUCCCGAGAACUGGGUGCCUCUGCCAGCAAACAGGCUCUCCGUUUCUGCAGUAGAAUAGUAGUUACUGUUACUUAUUUCUGUCCGUCCGUGACAAUUACAUUAGCCGAAUUGCAAUAGCACAUGAUGUUGGAAUUUCUACUGUUUAAAAAAAAACGACGAAAUUCCAACGAAAUACGAAGGUUUUGUACAUACUGCCUGCCGUCUGGCAGCAACAAUCAUCGGCUCACAUCAGGUAAUCCGAGGUCUAACCUGCUAGCCAUGAAUCUCUGCCACACUUCUUUUCCCCUACUAUAUCCGACCGCGUACGUGUUUGUAAGCAAGUAACUGCGGGUACGUCUUGAGUGAUGCGGUCGUUCGGUUUGCGUGCGUUUCCUACAGGGCUGCGGUUUGUAUUGGCCGGGAUAGGGAUGACAGUGGCUUCACGGCCAUUGUAACCCUGUCGUUAUCAUUACAGAUGACAACGCAGUGUCAUUUCUUGUAAGUGACGGUAAUCGAGAUUUGCGAGUGGUUGAGUGCUACCGACUCUACUGAAAUUCCGCGUGUAAACUCCAGGUGUCUGACUGUGAAGGGUUGAUUGGUGGCAUCUGCGCAGCUUUUUAACUGCUAUGAAGUCUGUAUGUACACUAGCGAUAAAGCUGACGGGUGUGACCAUGAAAGCCAGUUUGCCAGCAUAUUGUAUAGAAUUGCAUGUGAUGAGGCACUCCAUGCAUGCAGAUGCAUGUUUGAGUAGUAGGUCAGGAGACGCGGUGAAAAGAGAAAAAAAGAAAUAAAAAGUUGGUUGCUGACCUGUAGUUUUUCUAGCUGUUUGGUCGGGCUGUGUGGAUUAAAAGCAGUAACACAACAGUUCAGUAACCGAAUUGAAAAAUCAUUAAAAAAACAAAAGUAACUAAGAAAGCAACGAAAAAAGAAUAAUGGUGAAAAUUUUUAACUUCUUUAUGUAUCUGCGAUAUCAGUGAGAAUUGACUGAUUUAGACUUUUGACAUGUCUGAAUGAUUUUCUUAUGGGAUUACGUGGGUUAUGCUAUCAGAUGUGGAACUUUCGAGAUCGCCGGUGAGGCCUUGUUCAACCUGAUUUGAUAACUGUAGAGCUAAAUCGAGCCUACCUCAAACAGUUAAACCAUUGGUAGUGAAUAAGAAAAAACAUUCAGUUACUCAAGAUUAUCUGUCUGUUUGUCACUUGCCUUUUUUAGCGGUUUGCGAACUCUGAUUCGGCUUUACUAGUUACAUAUAGGUAUUAAGACCAUUCUGUUGUUUUUGAAAUGCUUACAAGGAAACAGAAUUUCAAACGCCUUCACUCAUGUUUAUUUAAGGAGGUUUGAUCACGCCUUGUUGCACGUGAGUGAUUCUUAUGGGAUGAGUUGACGUGGUAGCAGAUAUACUUGGUUGGUAUUCUCAAUAUUAUUCUGUAAAACUAUUUUACAGAAGUGAGAAACGAAGAAGAAUGAGAGUGCGUUUUCUAUGUGCAUAAUUCGCAGUACGAAACUCUGGGUGGGCUCCUAAUCUUUUGGUUGUUAAAUAUCCAGUAGUGUUAGCUAUAUCCCCAUUCUAGAUCCCACUAUAUGUAGAGCUGGGAUGAGUUCAAUACUGGUUUACACUUCUAUGCCGACGUGAAAAGAAAGUGUGGAUUCCUACAGACAAAUCACGGUACCAAGUCGUAGUAUCAUUCAAGCAUUGUUUUACUAAAUCUAUUAUAAACCAAUGCGUACAUUAUUUCAUCUCACUAACAACAUGUUUGUGUACAUUAACUCUAACAAACAGGCAAGGUUAGUGACGUCAUGUGUACGCUUGCUAUGAGAACGUGUUACAUGUGUAACUGCAUCUCUACUGCGAGUUGGAGGGCUCCAAACCAUUUUUCGUACAUCCGUUAUAGUGAGUGAAUGAAUUACCAAAGGCUGAAGUGUAACUAGUAUUACAAAGUAUCUAUCCAACACAGAAAUGACUAUCUGUCGUGAGCUCCGUGGGUACAAGUUAUAGGGUUUGGUAACACUUUAUAAAACUGUCACUAUUGUGUGGAUGUCCAAGGUGUUGCCAAUGAGAAGCGUGUGUGAAGCUUUGCUACGGACUAGAAUCUAUACUAACGGAGUACGCUGGCGAUAGUCAUUCUCUACAUGGCUGUGUCCUUGAUUAUACUACAGCCAUGGGUUUAUGUUAAUCAAUCUUGUCGGUACAAUGGCAUGCUAUUGCCGUUGAUUUUUGCGAGCUAUUGAAAAUCGAAGUGCGGGCAAUAGUUUGAGGG